AUGGGUCUUCCGGUGGGACGGCGGCCCGUUGGGGCGGUUGUGGAGUCGGCGGCGGCUCUGCGCGCUGGGUCCCAAGUGGAAGCGGCGCCGGAUCCCAGGCCGGGGCUCUGCUGCAAGCCUGGCGGGCGGCUGGACAUGAGUCAGGGCUUCGUGCACCAUAUCCGAAGGAACCAGCUCGCCCGGGACGACUACGACAAGAAGGUGAAGCAGGCUGCCAAGGAGAAGGCGAGGAGGCGGCGCACGCCCGCGCUGACGCGGCCCCACAAGCCCGACCUGCAGGUGUACCUGUCGCGACGCCGAGAUGUCUCUACCCACCCAAGCAACCCAGACUGUGAGGAGUCCGGUGAAAGCAGCAGUAGUGGUGGCUCCGAGCCAGAACCUUCUGGCCAUCAGCUCGUCUGCUUAGAAUAUGAGGCAGACAGCGGAGAGGUCACCUCAGUUAUCGUGUAUCAGGACGAUGAUCCAGAAAGGGUGAGUGAGGAGGUGUCAACACACAUGCCUCUGGAUCCACCCAUGCGAGAGGCCCUCAAGUUGCGCAUCCAGGAAGAGAUUGCAAAGCACCAGAGCCGACACUGACCAGGCUGAAGGCAUUCU